UUCCUCCUUGCUUGGACUGAUACAAGAUUUGGGAGCCAAACUCACAAACUGACAUUCCACUGGUGGGGAAAAAAAAAAGAAGCAUGGACAGCAGUAAAGAUGAUGAUGGACUACUGAACAGGAUUGCAUUUCCAGGAGCUAUGUCCCUGGCUAACAGCCAUAUGCAUUCCCAUGGGGUUGCCCUGAGAGAGCCCUUUGGGGUUCCCUUCCAUCUGGACCCAUCUUACUGGGAGCAAGCCUAUGGUGGGCACACAGGUUGCAUCUCCUACAUCCCAUUCCCUGGCUACGUGGGCAUCUAUGACUAUUCCUUUGAGCCUGCCUUCAUUCGAAAGAGGAAUGAGAGGGAAAGGCAGCGGGUGCGCUGCGUGAAUGAGGGCUACACACGCCUGAGAGAGCACCUGCCCAAGGAAUUUGCUGACAAGCGCCUCAGCAAAGUGGAGACCCUGAGAGCUGCAAUAAGUUACAUCAAACACCUGCAGAGCUUGCUGGACUGCCAUCCCUUAGGGUCGAACAGUAAGGAAACGCUUUCUGCCAAGGACGUCCCAGAAGCUCCCAGUCCUCGUCCCCUGCGGGAGUGCAACAGUGAUGGAGAGUCUAAAACCUCGUCAGCUUCAUCCCCCUACAGUGAAUUUGAGGAGACGGGCAGCUAGGUAACAGCCUCUCUGGGGACAGAAAGCUUCGAGUUCAGCUGAAAACUAAAUCUAAAACCCUGGGGAUUUUUCUACAGAUGAAAAUGAAUACCAGGCAAAGGAAAAACAGCUAGGGAAAAACAGAGAAGGUAUUUU